AUGCCAUCUCAACCCUCCAAACCGGAGGACGUCGACACCAAGUCCAUCAUCUCUAUGCAAGAAUUGGACCCCUCGCCAGUCACCGACACGCCCGACGUUGAAAGCGGCGACUACUUCCCUUCAAAUGAGCCUCUGCCACAACAUGAAACAGGCUUCUUAAUCCCCAAACUGGGCCUCCGCGGCCACCGCUGGGAUACAUGGCUGACCGGCUUCCAAAAAUACUCAACCUACCCACCGACAGCCUUCUUCAUCCUCCACCUCGCCAAUACCUCCCUCAUCCCGCUCGUAACCCGCUCCGUGCCCGCAAGCGAGCCUUACCUUCUCCUCACGCGACCAAUCUAUCAAGCCCCAGGAAUCGAACACCUAGUCCUCACCCUCCCAAUCCUAGGCCACAUCGCAUCCGGCAUCGCUCUCCGCAACAUCCGCGCUGCACGCCGCGCAAGACUAUAUGGCGCCGAAACCCGUGCGCAGCGUGACAAGCUCUCCUGGUGGCCACGGAUGUCUCUACAAGCUCGCUCGGGAUAUGUCGUUGCCCCGCUGAUCGGAUUGCAUGCUCUGGUGAACCGCGCAACGCCUGUUAUGGUUGAGGGUGGGAGUUCCGGCGUGGGUCUCGGAUAUAUUGCGCAUGGAUUUGCUCGCAGUCCGGUCUUCUGGAAUGUCUUCUACGUCAUUUUUGUUGCUGCUAGUGUUUGGCAUUUUGUUGGUGGGUGGGCGACUUGGAUGGGGUGGAGGGUUACUACGGUGCGUAAGGAACGGGGGAGCCAGAAGGGGUCGUUGGAGGGGUAUCUCGGAUACACGGAGAACCCCAGUCAGAAAAAAAGACAGCGCAAGAUGUGGUGGAUGGUAAAUGGCAUUGCUGCUGUUGGCGCGUCGCUUUGGCUUGCUGGUGCUCUUGGUGUUAUUGGGCGUGGUGGUGAGGGUGUUGGGUGGGAGGCUAAGGGGUGGAAUGAGAUGUAUAGCCAGGUUCCAGUGAUUGGAGACUGGUUAUGA